AUGGCUUCCACCAGCAUUCAAACUGUCCCAUCCUCUUUUACCUCUGCUUUUUCUAAACCCCAACCGGAAUAUGACGUUUUCCUCAGUUUUAGAGGAGAAGACACCCGUUAUAAGUUUACCGACCAUCUAUAUCAUGCUUUGGAUAGUAAAAAGAUUAUUACCUUCAGGGAUGAUAAAGAACUUGAGAUGGGAAAGCCCAUUUCGCUGGAACUCUUGGAAGCAAUCAAGAAAUCAAGGAUUGCGGUCAUCAUUUUCUCUGAAAAUUAUGCAUCUUCCACAUGGUGCUUGGAAGAACUUACAAAGAUUGAUGAAUACAGGGAUAGAGGGAUAUUGACAGUGUUGCCCAUUUUCUACCAUGUGGAACCUACUGACGUGCGGCAUGAGAAGAACACUUUUGCGGAGGCCUUUGCAAAACAUGAAAAACGUUUCGAGGAGAACCCAAAAAAGGUGCAGAAGUGGAGAGCUGCUUUAACAAAUGUGGCCAAUCUCUCCGUAAAGCGUUUAAAGGAUGGGGAGCCUGAGGCAGAAUUUAUCCAAAGCAUUGUUCAAUGGAUAUAUCUGAAAUUGGAAGAGAAAUUUUCAAAUGAUAUUGAAGAUGAUCUUGUUGGAAUAAGCUCUCAUGUUGAGGAAAUGAUUUCAUAUUUAGAUCUGGAGUCAACUGAUGUUCACUUUAUUGGAAUAUGCGAGAAGAGUGGUAUGGGCAAGACAACUCUUGCACGAGCUGUUUUUGAUAAGAUUCUUAACCAAUUUGAAGCUUGCAGUUUUCUCGAAAAUGUUAGAGAGGAAUCUAAAGCACAUGGUUUAAAGACUUUACAAGAACGACUCCUUUGUGAUAUAGGAAAAAGGGGAUUAAGGGUAAAGGAUGAGCAUAAGGGAAUGCAAGUUAUCAGCGAUAUACUGCAUAACAAAAAGGUGCUUAUUGUUGUUGAUGAUGGCUAG